AACCGAUAGCCACCUCCAUCUCGCUUCACACCUGUUGUCCCUCUCGUUCUCCCUUGGCUGGCCCUCUUCCGUCGGUGAUUGCCAUUGCCGCUCUGUCCAGUAGUCUUGAUGAACCCUACGAACACGCCGAUGUCCCUCUGUGCCUACUCUACUUCCCCCGCAGCGACCAACACUCAGGGCCUGCUGCCCCGCCAUUCCUUGCCAUGAGAAUCGGAAGGGGAUGCGAACGUUGCCGUCUCCGUCACAUAAGAUGUACUACCCGAGCAGGAGCGUCCUCUUGUAACGCUUGCACUCGUCUGGGGCGUGCUUGUCGCUUAGAUCCGCCCUUUCGCUUCAAAUCAGUUCGUCAUGUUUACCAGAAAAGCAACGGCUCUGCUUCCAAGUUUGAGCUGGCCUGGGACGCCACGCAAACGUGGGUAAGGGUUCCUCAUUGUUUGACAUUUGUCCAAGAAUGUAGUGAAGAAUUCGACGGCGGCAAUGCAAGCGACAUUCCACCUGACGCUCAAGAGGAUGACCUAGUCACUGCGGACGAGGCACCUCAAGGCUUUUCACAAACCUAUUGCAUGCUCUCUGAUCUCCCCUUUUCGGAGAUUAUGUAUGCGCAGGAAGAAAGUGUCCGAGAUCAUCACGUCCAGAACCCAGUUGCGAAUCGGACGACACCGCCAAUCACUGAGUUGCGACAGCUCCCCAGCUCAUCUUCCCACCUCUCCCCUCAAUCCAUCGCGAUCUUGUCUCCAGUAGCUUCUGCAAGCACAAGGACCAGCGCAACAUUACCACCAAGUGUUGUCAGCCCGUGGCCAGAAACUUCGUCUUCUCUAUCGACACGUGAAGCCCACCUUCUACGUCUCUUUAUCCGGAAGCUUGCACCAUGGGCCGACAUAUGCGACCUCCGUUCUCACUUUGCGACCGAAGUCCCUCGCCGCGCUCUCCAAUACCCAAUGGUUCUCAAAGCUGUCCUCGCCCUCGCUGCGCGACAUGAUGCCACGAUGAGCGGCUCUAGUGACUGGGAAGCAUCAGAGUAUCACGGGCAAUGUCUCGAGCUCCUCAUCGCAGCUCUUGCCCUCCCAGGAGAGACGUACGAUGACAAUCUCCUAAUCACGGUCGUCAUACUAUGUAUGUACGAAGAGCUCGAGUUUGCGACCGACGAGAAGCGUCACUGGGUUGGAUCCAACCGACUUCUCAACAGAAUGUCUUACUCGGCCUUCUCAGGCGGGCUUGCUGAAGCUGCUAGCUGGCAGUUCCUCCGCCAGGCGCUGUACGCCUGCGUCGUCCAGCACCAACCGAUGCAGCUCAAUCUGGAGAAUUAUGAGCGAUCACUUGUCUUUCAGCGGCGUGAUGAUGCCUCCUACGCAAAUGUCAUCAUCUUCUACUGUGCCAAGAUCUUUCAAUUAUGGUCAGGGUCACAUUGCAGUCCUGUUGAUGAGACAGAGUGGCAGCAUCUGACCGACAGUGUGGAGCAAUGGUAUAACGCCAGACCGCUUAGCUGGCAGCCAUUACAAUACAACGAUGCGAACCCCGAGGAGAACCGUCCCUUCCCAGAGAUGUGGAUGAUGUCGCCCCAGGCGGCUGUGGGACUGCAGUACUAUCAUACAGCGCGCAUAUUUUUGACCGCUUCCGAUCGUCAUUGGAGUGUAGUUAGUGACUAUGAGCUUGCGCGACUCAAGCGCAUAGAAGAGGUUUGCAGUCUUUUUCGUCUUCAUCUCUGUCUUCAUUUACGUCUCUCAUUCGUCCCUAGAACAAUCUCCGCCCACCUUAUCAAAGCCGUCGGCUUGUCGAUGUCCAACGAAACCGUCGAGAACGCAUGCUUCAUGGCCUGCCACUUACUUCAUCGCUAUGGAUACUGCCUCCGCCAUGUCGCCGAGCAACAAGGCUCCCUCGCAUUCCUCCGUCGCGUGGAGAAGACGGUCGGCUGGCGUACAGCAUGGGUCAUCCGCGACCUGGAAGCACAAUGGAAAGAACUUCAUACUUUGGACACUGCCUGGGGUAGGAUAAACAAGGAGGGUGCUUAGAGUGUCGGUCCGUAUUCCCUAUUGAUCUUCUUUCGUUUGAGUGUAUACUCAGCGGCGACCUUGGCUACUACUAUCAACAAUGUGAUGACAUUACGACCCAUAAUCAAUCAACAUGUCUUUUGAGCAAUGACUAGAGACGAUAGUAGCGGAUUUUCCUCUCUCGG